GCCAGUUAGAAGCAGGAUGCGGGUGGGAAAAAACUCUGCUGUCUCCUGUGUGUAUGGGGAAAGAGGAGGGACAGAGGGAACAGGUAAGACAAACUAUCCUACGUUUAAAUAACAUAUUGAAAAUAUCUGCAACUACCAAUAUUUGUAAGCGACUUUACAGAAAAACAAGCUCAAAGUCGCUUAUAAUAAGCGGACUUGGCAACACUGACAGCCACGCGUAUACCUUGCGCCCUGCUGAGCACCAUCAGGUCUCCCUCACCUGCCGUCAUGGACAGACAUGGCCCGCCUCCUGAUCUCUACGGCCUCCUUGAUCCAACGUUUGAACUUGUUGCUUUCCAAUCCGAUGACUUUUGUGUUGUCCCAGUCCAUGACAUGAAUAUUUCUUUUGCAGUGAUUUGAUAUGGCUGAACCUGCUCUGCUUUGUCUUUUUGUGAUCUUGUGAGACGUCCUGUCGUUUCCUUUUCGCGUUCUUUUUUAUGUUCUGUUUUUCUUGUAUUGAAGCUUCUUCCUGUUUCUCCUAUGUAUGUUUUAUGUUAUGCAUGGGAUUACGUAUAUUACGUUGUAUUUUUUGUCCGUGUCUAUCCUGUCUUUUGGGUGAACUAAAAGCGGGCGGAAUUUUGUGUGAGGUUUUACUUUUGCGUUUAUUUUGUGUUUUUUCAUUGUCCUCAGUACGCGCUAUGGUCACCAUGUCUUUGUAGCUGCUUUCGUUUUUUUUGUUUGGGUUUUAUUUUGUUUUCUUUCUGUUUUUCUUUGUUUGUGACUUGCUGUUUCCCUUUGGUUAUGGCCCAUUUUGGAUACUGGCAGUGUGUGAGUGCGUGUCGUAGGUUGUGUUUUUCCUCUUCCUCGGUGAUUAUGCUGGCCCGUUCAUAAAGUGUUCUGACUACGGAGAGUUUGUGUGCUGUUCCGAUGUCCAGAGAAGGUAUUGACCUGUGUGUGUGGGUUUUCUGUAUACUGUGAUUUUUAUACUGCCGUCGUCUUUGUGAUGAAUUUUUAUGUCCAGGAAGUUUAUGGUUCUGUUUGUUUCCUCUUCUUGUGUGAAUUUGAUGUUUCCAGUGCUGUCCAUGUUGUUCAGCUGAUCCGUGAGUUGUGGUGUGUGUCCAGAUUUGAUCUUUUCCAGGAUGUCCUCUGUAUCUUUUCCAGAGGGUGGGUUUGUAUUGUGUGGGUGCUGUGGUGGGUUUGAUGAUUUCAACCAGUGCUUUUUAUAAGUUGUAUGUAACGGAACCAAUGCUGUCUACAUGGGGCGUAAUGGAGUGUCCUUUUUAUGUACUUUUGGUGUGCCGUAGAUCCGGGGGAUGAUGCUAGCUGUCGAUAUUAAAUGAUUGUACAUGUCCUGUCCCAUUAUGAGUGUUAGUUAGUAGCAGUGGGCAGCCCUGGCUCUUGGGGACCAACUUAGACCGGUUCGGGUUACCAUGUUUUUGAGGAGACCCACACAAACACAGAGAAAGGCCUUGCCCCAGCUGGGAUUCGAGCCAAUGACCAACUGUAAAAAUUGAACUGCCCUCUCCUGAAUUGCCCUCCUGAAUCCAUAGACACAAGGCUAUAAAUAUACCCCUUUCCCAGCUCCAAACAUUGUGUUGUAUCACAGCCAAGCAUGGCAUGAGCAUGAGCAUGUUGUUUACAUCCUCACCCAACACAUUUUUGCAGGCAAAAACCUGUGACUUGAUGAAACAGUCUUCCUGGGCUCAGAUAUGAAGUACAACUAACGUUGCUGAUAAAGCAAUAAUGAUAGCGCAGCAUGCCCAGCCCCACUUCAGCCAGUCUCAGGUGACUGAGAUGAUGAAGAGGCUCUUCAACCUGACACCAUCAGAAAUCCACUCUCUGCCGAGCUACCAUGACCAGAACUUUCAUGUGGUGUCCGCUGAGGGUGGCGAGUACGUCCUGAAGAUAAUGAACUCAGAAGACAGUGAGAACCCCACCCUGAUUGAGGUUCAAGCGUAUGCUAUGUCUGUCCUUCACCAGAAUGGACUUCCUGUCCAAACAGUCGUGCCCACCACCUCAGGACAGCUCAUGAGCCUGGAAGAAACAGAUUGUGGAUAUGGCCCACAGAAGUACCUGGUGUGGCUGAUGACUUAUUUGCCUGGAACCACCAUUUCCAAUGUCCCUUUAACACCACAGUUACUGUAUGAAGCUGGCAAGACAGCAGCCAGGAUGGACAAAAUCCUGCAUGAGAUGGAGCACCCUCAUCUUGGCGUGCUGCAGAAAGACAAUUUCAUAUGGAGGCUGUCAAAUGUUCCCCUCCUGGAAGGUUACAUUCAUUUAUUAGAUGGAGAUCCUCUUCAGGAGGUUGUGAAGUCUGUCAUUCAUCAGUACAAGACCUCUGUGAUCCCUAAACGCUCCAAUUUCCGCAAGUGCAUUAUACAUGGUGACUUACAUGACCUCAACGUGCUUGUACAACCUGAGGGUGACGGCCACAGGAUUUCUGGCAUCAUUGACUUUGGGGAAAUAAACAGUGAUUACUACAUCCAUGAGCUCGCCAUCAUCAUGAUGUACAUGAUCAAUGAGCACCCAAAACCCAUAGAGGCAGGUGGACCUGUCCUUGCAGGGUGGGAAAGUGUCCUUCCCCUCAACGAAGCAGAGAAAGAUUGUCUCUAUGUGCUGGUGCUGUCCCGCUUCUGCCAGUCGCUGGUUUUAGCUCGUCACUCCGUGAUGUUGCAUCCAGAAAAUGAGGAGUAUCUGACAUUUUCAUCCAGGAAGGGCGUCCACAUUCUCCCUCAACUCUGGGAGCUCGGAAAGGAGCAGGUGGAGAAGGUGUGGUUUCAGAGUGCUGCUCAGUUCACUGACAGGAAGUGAAAAAUAUGAUAACCAUUCAGUUAAACACACAACAGGGUGAAUCCACAGAGCCUUUUGUUCAAAUCAAGGGUAAUCUUAAAAUCACCAGUAAAAAACAACAGAUUAUGUCUUCCCAGUAAAAAUAUGACACAUUAUACCAGUGGUUCCCAUCUGGUGGGUCGCAGGUCCAUUCUGAAUGAACUGCCAGUGACUCACAAAGAUGUCAAGUUUGUAAAAAGACACUUUAUUUUUACAUACAGUGAAUUUCCAGCACAGAGUUCAUAUUUUGAAGUCAGUGACUAACGGACAGCUGCUUGACAUAGCCAGCAAACUAGCUCUAUGACAUGGCGAAAUGCAAGAAUGACACUGAGGGCCGAAUUCACAAAAAGAUUGCGUGGCUUUUGCAGCUGCUAAACCGGUA